GCGGCUUUCUCUGCUGGGGAGGCUCUGCCGUCGGGUUGUGCGACGCAGCCGCUUCUCGCCUCGCCAUGUCUAAAGACGCAAAGAAGCCCUUCCGCCAGACUAUGGCCGAGUGGCGGCAGUUCAUCUACAACCCCAACAGUGGCGAGUUCCUGGGGCGCACGGCUAAGAGCUGGGGUUUGAUCUUACUAUUUUAUCUGGUAUUUUAUGGCUUCCUAGCAGCACUCUUCACGUUCACAAUGUGGGUUAUGCUUCAGACACUGAGCAGUGAUAUACCAAAAUACCGUGAUCGGAUUUCUAGUCCAGGACUUAUGAUUUCACCCAAGCCAGACACUGCACUGGAAUUUUACUUCAACAGGAGUGACACCCAGUCAUAUGCAGAAUAUGUUUCUACACUUAGAAAGUUCCUUGAAUCUUAUGAUGAUUCAAAGCAAUCCCAGAACAUAAACUGUACACCAGGAAGGAUUUUUGAUCAGAAUGAUGUUGCUAUUAAAAAGGCAUGUCGAUUUAACCUCUCUGAGCUUGGACAAUGCUCUGGAAAGGAAGAUAAGACCUUUGGCUAUUCUAAAGGAACUCCCUGCGUGCUUGUGAAAAUGAACAGAAUAAUUGGAUUAAAGCCUGAAGGAGAACCACGUAUACAGUGUGCAUCUAAGGAAGAAGGCAUGGUUGAGAUAAAUUAUUUUCCUCCUGAAGGCUUGAUUGACUUAAUGUACUUUCCAUACUAUGGAAAAAGCUUGCACGCUCAUUAUUUACAGCCUCUAGUGGCUGUUCAACUAGCAAUUCACUCCAAUAGUACCAAAGAAGAAAUAGCCAUCGAGUGUAAGAUCCUGGGCUCACCGAAUUUAAAAAAUGAAGAUGAACGUGACAAGUUUCUGGGACGAAUUGCCUUCAAAGUUCAGAUGACUGAAUAGCUGGAAUAGAAAAUUGUCCACAAAGUAAACGUUGUGUUGUCUGUUUUGUAUAAGCUGGACAUGCCAUUCUAGGAUGUGAGACCACCUUGGAGAAUGUUGAGGUGGUUUAUGGCGUUCAGGGUAGCAUAGUAAUAUGCUUCCAAAUCGUAUGUUUAAAAUCCCUCAAAAUAAAUACCUAUCUUGCUUCUGCCUGCCCCGUUGGAACAGUGUACAGACUAUGGUUAUGUCAUAGGGACCUGUAAAUAGCUGUUUUCAAACACAUAAUAAUGGUGACCUUUGUCCUGUUCUAAAAUGUGGUUUUAUUCCCCAAGUGAGUGUCUCAAGCUUAAUGUGCUGUGCUAUGUAAAUAUUGUAUUGAUUUAACACUGAUUUAACUGUCAUUAUCUCAAUGCUGACACAGUUAUAGGGAUAAAUAAUAAAUGGUACCUGAUUGACAGUGGUUUUUUGUAAGAGUAAACACCUUCAACGUAAAUUAUG